GACCGUCAGGAAGUUGCUGUGCUACAACUUUUAGCAUCCCCUCAAGGCCACCAGCUGCUCGGACACCCACCUGGGCUACUGCUGGUCCCACUGACAGGGCAGCAGCGGCUUGUAACCUUGCUGAAGGACGCAGCAGUAUUUAUUGACGUAUGCAAAUACCGUGGGGAUGGGCGGGGCGUGCAGAUAACAGGAACCAGAAUCAGGCUGAAAGAGCAGCCUCGCAGCUCAGAGUUCCGGUACGGGAGCAAAGAGACGUGGCGGAGGCGCAGUGCGAUAUGCCCCGCCGCUAAGCGAGUCUCACAUUUAUACCGGGAAGGGCACAAGAGCCUUGAGUAGAGGGGGGUACCUGCUGAGGCGCGCUGGGUUAUGCUUCUAGCCCCCCCCCAGCCGGUGCGUAUUGGCUGACAUGCUCCUUGGGGGUGUAGUAGCACUUUGCAUUGCAGUCGGGUUUUGGUAGGCAGCCCGUCAGGUGACCGUGACAAUCAUAACCCACAUCUGGCCUUCUCCUGUUUCAGUGGUGCAAACCAUGCAGGAUGAUUUACUGAUGGACAAAAGCAAAGCUCAGCAGCGACAGCAGCCUCAGCAGCCUCCAUCCUCCCAGACUCAGCAACAGCAAAAAGAAGCAGCCUCUGUAGCGGAGCCCCCCAGCAGCAGAGAGAGCAGCCCCCCCACGCACAAGGAUAAGAUGCAGAUGGAGUCCCCCUUACUGCCUGGCCUGAGCUUUCAACAUGAGCCCCCCACCACCCCCUCUCUGUCCCCAUCUUUUGGCAGCACCUGGUCUACUGGAGGCAGUAACAGCGCCGUUGAUGACAGCUUCUUCCCAGGGAUUACACCAGUGAAUGGGACCAUGCUGUUCCAGAACUUCCCCCAUCAUCAUCAUGUUAACCCAGUGUUUGGGGGAACCUUCUCUCCCCAGAUGGGCUUGGCUCAUCAAACACAGCAGCAGCAGAGGCGAUCCCCUGCCAGCCCUAACAACCACACAGCAUACACCCAGCGCAAUGCCUACAGCCAUCAGCCCAUCCUGACCAACAAGCCCUCAUCUUCCCCCAAUUCCUCCUCUCCUUCCCCGUCCAACUGGAAUAACCAGCAAAAUGCUGCCUGGAAUACCCCUUCUAACCCGUGGGGGGCAAUGCAACCUGGAAGGGACCCACGCAGGGCUGUAGGGGUUGGAGUUGGAGUGGGUGUUGGGGUCCCCUCUCCACUCAACCCCAUCUCCCCACUGAAAAAAACUUUCUCCAGCAAUGUGAUCGCACCCCCUAAAUUUUCAAGAGCAUCCCCUUUAACUCCUAAGUCCUGGGUGGAAGACAACGCUUUCAGGACAGAUAAUGGCAAUACCCUAUUGCCCCUACAGGACCGGAAUAGGCCCUAUGACUCUUUUAACUUGCACACUUUGGAGAAUUCCUUAAUGGAUAUGAUAAGGACUGAUCAUGAACCUCUGAAAGCACGAAUGGGGUUAAAUUUUCAUCAUCCAGGAACAGAUAACAUUAUGGCACUUAACAGUCGAUCGUCACUCUUUCCCUUUGAAGAUGGAUUCCUUGGAGAUGGCCACGGAGACCAGUCAUUAUCAUCAGGCCUGAGUUCUCCAACGCAUUGUCAGAACGGCGAACGGAUAGAACGUUAUUCUCGGAAGGUGUUUGUAGGGGGCCUGCCUCCUGACAUUGAUGAAGAUGAGAUCACAGCAAGCUUCCGUAGGUUUGGACCAUUGGUGGUGGACUGGCCUCACAAAGCGGAAAGCAAAUCUUAUUUCCCCCCAAAAGGCUAUGCCUUUCUGCUCUUCCAAGAGGAAAGCUCUGUGCAGGCUCUGAUAGACGCGUGUUUAGAGGAAGAUGGCAAGCUUUACCUGUGUGUGUCCAGCCCAACCAUCAAGGAUAAACCAGUUCAAAUUCGACCCUGGAACUUGAGUGACAGUGACUUUGUGAUGGAUGGUUCUCAGCCGCUAGACCCAAGGAAAACUAUAUUUGUAGGUGGUGUUCCACGGCCCUUACGAGCUGUUGAGCUGGCAAUGAUAAUGGAUCGCUUAUACGGAGGCGUGUGCUAUGCUGGCAUCGACACAGACCCAGAACUGAAAUACCCCAAGGGCGCUGGCAGAGUGGCAUUCUCCAAUCAGCAGAGCUACAUCGCUGCUAUCAGUGCUCGCUUUGUCCAACUCCAGCACAAUGACAUAGACAAGCGGGUGGAAGUGAAGCCAUAUGUGCUGGAUGAUCAGAUGUGCGAUGAAUGCCAGGGCACGCGCUGUGGUGGAAAGUUUGCUCCGUUUUUCUGUGCCAAUGUGACCUGCCUGCAGUAUUACUGUGAGUACUGCUGGGCCAGCAUCCACUCCCGGGCUGGCAGGGAAUUCCACAAACCACUGGUGAAAGAGGGAGGAGAUCGCCCGCGCCACGUCCCUUUCCGCUGGAGCUGAGCACCUCGACUGACCUUAGCACACAUACGGGAGUGGGGGAUGAGGGCAGAAAGUAUUAUGGAUCUUUUUUCUUUUUUUUUACUCCUUUGGAUGUAGAGCAAAAUGGUUCCUUUUAGGUUCUCUUUUAUUAUAUAUAUUAUUUGCAGUCACUUUACUGAACCUCGUGUCCAGUAUAAUGCAGAGUGUAACUGUCCUGAUUUUUGCACUUUGAUUGAUAUGAAUAUCUGCUUGGUACCUUAAUUCUGUAUGCAGGACUCUUGUCAGUAGAGACAUCUCAUUAGGCUGGUGCAAGCCCCCUCUCACUGCCAUCUUGUUGUGGGUAAGGCAAAAUAGUUGGCUCCAGCUGGAGCUUGCACUUACUUUACUGAUACACGACUUACACUACCCUUCCUCCCCUCCGUCCCUAUCCGCUCACCUCCCCAAUGUAUCAUGUCAAUGGACAGUGUAGCAACAGCUCAAACGCUAAUAAGACAACACAGUGAAGUCUAAUGGUAUUUACCUUCCCGGCUUAGAAUAACCUGCAACAUCUCCAGCGUUGAUGGGGAUAUAAAAUCAUGACUUUAUUUGAUAACUUAAAUGUUGAAUCAGAUUUUUAUUUUUUUAUUUAGUGCAGUUAUUUUUUUUAUUAUUUGUUUCAGGGUGGGGUGUGAGGGGAAUAGACCUUUUUAGUGUUAUAUAAAUUUAUGCUGCAAUAGCUUUUGCUGCUACUUACAAAAAAAUGGUAUUACCCACGAUACUCUAUUCAGGCUAGGGUAUCUGUGAUUAAAUGGGGAAAAACAUAUAUGAUUAAAAACAGUUAAAAAAGCUGCUGGAAAUCGGUAUAGAGAACUUCCACGGAAGGUCGAUAUUUUUGACUGCAUGUUUAUUUAAUCAGGUUGCUGCAUGCAAUAGAAAAAGUUCUGUAUACCAUGUCGUAUAAAGCCUGACCACAGUGCACAACAACAAAAACAAAUGAAGAUUCUAUAUAGGCAAGCAAAAUGCUUAUUAACUAACUAAAUUAUGAUGGAGGAAGGCAUGUCUUAUCUGUAAUGCAUAGAAAUAGAUAUGAUCUGUUCAUUGCAGAUUUUUUUUUUUUUUUUGUAUUUACAACCAAUAAAUAAAUGAAACCUAGAUAUAGGGUAUUGUUAUACAAAUAUAAAAAAAACAAACAAAUGGUAGAUGAAAAUACUUUGCGGUGCUCUGUUAUAUUGUGCAAUUUAUUUUAUGUAGUUAAGUGAUUAUGUCAAGUACUGUGAUCAGAUGUAACUUAAAGGCCUCUGUGUAUCUCACAGCUAAUAGCUGGUAGUUAUGAAAUCAAGCUUUUUCUUAGUUACAAGCACCUCUCCUGGUGCCAAUUGUCCCAAUGCGUUUUUUUUUUAUUAAUAUUAUACAUUUUUUUAUGAAUAUAUAAAUGUCUUAGCCCAGACUCGGCACAUCACCAAUUUUGCAAAUUGUCCCAAUGCAUUAGUUUUAUUUUGUCCCUUCAUUUUUUUUUAUAAUAAUUAUAUAAAUAAUAUGUUAGCCCAGAUUUUGCAGAUUGUCCCAGCACGUUAGUUUUGUUUUAUAUAAUUAUUCUUUUUUAAAAAAAAAAACCAAUAUCUAAAUAGUGUCUUAGCCCAGCCUUAGGCACAUUAAAAAUGUAGUAAAUUGUCCCAAUGCACUUAUUUUUUUUUAUAAUUAUUAUUAUUAUUUUAUUUUUAUAAAAAAUGCAUUUAUAAAUAAUGUCUUUGCCCAGCCUUAGGCACAAUAAAAAUGUAGUAAAUUGUCCCAAUGUACUUUUUUUUUUUAAUCAAUAUUUUUUUUUUUAUAAAAAAUGCAUUUAUAAAUAAUGUCUUUGCCCAGCCUUAGGCACAUUAAAAAUGUAGUAAAUUGUCCCAAUGUACUUUUUUUUUUAAUCAAUAUAUUUUUUUUUUUUUUUUUUAAUAAAAAAUGCAUUUAUAAAUAAUGUCUUAGCCCAGCCUAGGCACAUUAACAAUUUAGUAAAUGCGCUAGGUUUAUUUUUUAAUUAUUAUUAUUAUAAUUUUUCUUUUUUAAAAAUAAAAAAUGCAUUUAUAAAUAGUGUCGUAGCUCAGACUAGGCACAUUAAAAAUUUAGCAAAAUGUCCCAAUCCGCAAUUUUUUUUAAAAUUAUUAUUUUUUUAUUUUUUUUUUAAAAAUGCAUUUAUAAAUAAUGUCUUAGCCCAGCCUUGGCACAUCAACAAUUUUUUUUGUUAUAUACACUACCAAUGAUUAGGUGGAAAUGUUAUCUUAUGGAUUUACCUACAGGGCACAAGACUGCUAACAGCAAGGAUACUUAGAAAUCUGCUUUUGCUGAGUGAAACAAGGGUUUUUAUUCUGGACAUAUCCUGCAAAGCUUGAAAUUUUUUGUCCUGAUAAUUUUUUUUUUUCUCAAAGCAAAGACUAAGGUUCUGCAGAUGGUUACUAUGUGUGAGGGAGGUACUUAUGUUAUCCCCUGCCUAUCUAUGAUCAGAUGGUAGCAUGUAUCUGAGACACUAAGUAACAUUUUUGCCCAGAGAAGCUGAACUGCCUAUAAAGCAUCUCUGGCUGCUUAAAGAAUUCACCAUUUUUCUUUUGUAUUUUGCUUCAAAUUUUUUUUUAUGAUUAAGUUCUAAGGAAUGGCUUGAUAAAGAAUUAGUUUUGCUUAAAGUGCUUGAAGUACAGUCCAACUAAAGCACUCAGUGCUAGGGUUACAUUGCUGUAAGCCCAAUGGGUUUUUGAAAUUAAUUAUCUUCAAUGAAUUUUCUAUGCCCCAAUGUAUUUCUUUACUGUAGUUUGUGUCAGCUGUAAAACAGAAAAAAAAUUCUUAUGCACUACUUUGUAUCUGGGCAAUUUUUCAUAUUUUUUCCCCCUUUUUUUUUUUCUAUAUAUAUAUUUUUUUUAUAUAUUUUUUUUUUUUUUUAGAUAAAGAAAGGAAAACUUUCUGACCUGAUUUUUUGCAAUACCUCAAUUUUGAAUAUAGGAAAGAAAAUAUUUUCUAAGUAAGUUUAUUCAGAAAAAAGUAUAUAUUAUAUUAUAUUAAUUUAAUUUUGCAAGAAAAUGAUUUAAGAUUGCUAUUUUCAUUUUGUUCAUGCUUACUUUUUAUUUUAAAUAUGGAGAUAUUCGAUCUUUGUAACUUUAAUGUCGUCGACGUAACCUAAUUAUAUGCAGAAUCCGCCCCUUUUACUGUACAAUAAAAGCCAACGAAGACGUUUGGUCAAUCGACAUCUACAAGUGCACACACCCACACAUUUAGUAUAUUACGCAUCUGGUGUUGGAAGCGAUGAAUAGAAAGUACAAAAAAAAAUUGUGAUUUCUAUGGUUUCCCUUGAUUUGUAUGUUUGUAAUUAAGCGUCAAUUAUGCAUGACUGACCAGAAUUAUGAAAGAAUUCUUCUGUCUGUAUUUUUUUAAAGAUUUUUUAUUUUGUUAAAUUCUAAAAAAAAAUAAAUUGUUCCUUUGUGUUCCCCCUUCUAUUUGUAUAUCUAAUACGCCCCCAAAUCUGUCUAAUAAUCUAUUUGCUAUAAGAGGAGUCAGCAGUCGUUGCACUAAAGGACUCUCUCACAGCGAAUGGGUUCAACAGGGUCCUAUAAAAAUGUUUUUUAAAAUAAUAAUGUGUUUUGAACUGCAAACUAAGCUGUUGGAUGUAUCAGUUCAGUUGGUUGCCUUUUCUUGUUGUUAGACUUGAAUUAGAUAUUUCGAAGGCAGACUUAAUCUUGAUUAUUUGUCGUUACGUGCAAUACUGUUUGUACUGUUUCUAUAAAAAAAAAAGUGAAAAAAAAAAAA